UGGUAAUCUCGUCAAGGUCAAAGUCAUUCAUGUCGAAUGCAAGUGCAACAACAAUCUAUUUAACUGUUAUUCAUGAAGCGCUUCAGACGUAUCUGGCAGAGAAUUUUGGUUUAAAUAUCGAAUUAAAUUCCUGAUUUCAAAGUAUUUUCGAAGUGACUACAGCUGAGUGAGAAUGAAGAAGCUACGUACAUUACUGUGUCUUCAAAGUCAAAGCAGAUAUCAAAAUCUUCGUUCUGUAUCUGUUGCUUCGGACUCAAUAAGGCCUUUUGAAGAUAUUCCGGGUCUUUCUAAGAUCCCCAUUAUAGGUGGCCUACAUCAUUUUUUGCCAUACGUAGGUACCGUUGGUUACAAGGAAAAUUUUCACGACUUAGUAAAAUCGCUGCAUAAAAAAAUUGGAACAGUUGUGAAAAUGGAGGGCAUCACGCCUAGGGCAACACUUUUGGUGCUGUUCGAACCCCAACAUUUUGAACAGGUUUACAAAGCAGAAGAAUAUAAUCCACUGCGGCCAGGGUUCGAGACAGUACAAUAUUAUAGAGAUGUGUUGAGAAAAGAGAGAUUUGGCGGCUAUUACAGCUUACUUUCAGCGCAAGGACCACAAUGGCGCGAUUUUAGGACGAAGGUGAAUCCAGCUUUGUUGAAACCGGAGCUUGUGAAGAUAUAUGCACCUGCGCUGGGAGAAAUUGCUGAAGAGAUGGUGGAAAGAUUAACCAGGCUUAGCAAGGAGGGCGACUACCUCCAGAACAAUUUUGGUCUUGAAAUGACAAAGUGGUCUCUGGAAUCCUUAGCCCUUGUCAGCCUUGGCACUAGACUGGGUUGUCUCCAGGACAACUUGAAGGAAGACCACCCUGCCAGACAGCUGAUGAAAUGUGCCAAUGAUAUCCAUGAGCUGUCCUUUAAGUUAGAAUUCUUGCCUAGUUUGUGGAAGUACUUCGCGACACCAAUCUUUAAGAAGCUUAUGAAGACUUAUGAUUUGCAAUGGGAUAUAAGCGCAAUGUAUAUAGAUGAAGCUAAGAAACUCGCUAAAGAAAGAGGCAGUGACGUGCCAGAGAAAGACAAGUCUAUUCUCGAGAAACUGAUUGCCAUUGACGAAAGAGUAGCGAUCCUCAUGGCCAAUGAAAUGCUGAUGGCUGGUAUUGACACGGUAUCAUUCACCAUAACCAGCAUCCUCUACCAUUUGGCAACGAAUCAGUCCGCACAGGAAAAGUUGCGUGAAGAGAUCCGGGCCGGCGAAUCGAGACGGUACUUGCGUGCUUGUGUGAAGGAGUCUUUGCGGAUCUGGGCUGUAGUACCUUCGAACCUGCGGCGGACGAGCAAGGAGCAUGUUGUUGCUGGUUACAGGGUGCCUAUCGGGGUUGACGUGAUUGCUCCAAACGAAUACUUAUCCGGCCUCGACAAAUACUACCCACGAGGAAAGGAGUUCUUACCAGAAAGAUGGGUAGUCGAGAAGUCAGAUCCUCUGUACCACGGGAACGCUCAUCCUAUGGUGUACGCACCUUUCGGACUUGGAGUCCGAUCUUGUAUUGGUAGAAGAAUUGCUGAGUUGGAGAUUGAGGUGUUCCUUACUAAGUUCUUGGCUAAGCAGAAGGUUACUUGGACGGGUCCGCCAAUAAAGGUUGUUACGAAAGUUGUUAAUUCUUUUGCGAAGCCGUAUUACUUCAAAUUUGAAAAUGUUUAAUGAACUAUAUACGGGAUCUGUUAUGGUGG